AUGACAUUACUAACAUUACAAUCCCACUUAGGUUUCCUCAACAAUGUUCUUCUUCUAGGAAAAGAAUAUGAAGAUUUUGGAUGUUCUCCAAAAAGUAUCCAAUGUUAUGUAAGUAGAGUUGAUGAAAAAAGUGGAAAUAUUUGGUUAAAACCCAUUAAGACAAUUGGUCUUAAGAAUGAACUUGAUAAAUUAUGUCAGUCAUUUUUAAAAGAUAUUGAUAACAAAGAACUUUUGGAUGAUUAUACUAUUUCUAAUGUUGGAUUGUGUGUAACACCAACAGGAGAAUUAAUUGGAAGAGGUAAAUUAAUUGGCAUGGAUAAAAAAGGAUGUUCUAUCAUUCAAUGCAUAGAUGAUGGUGUAAUAUAUGGCAAUGUAGAUAAAUCAUGUAUUUAUAAAUUAGAUCGUUCUAUGGUUGAGAAUAAUUUUGCAUUUCCAUUGUGUUUUAUUGCCAAAAGCCUUCCAACUUUUUAUCUUAAUAAAUAUAGAUUGUUAGGAGUAACUGAUAUUCAUCCUGGUGAUUUUGUAAACGUCAAUAUAGUUAAUGUUACUGGAACAAUAGUCCAUGCUAUUUUUUCUUCGUGUACCAAAAUGAUUACCUCAAUUAAAUACGACUACAUUGGAUUGGAUGCUUUUGGAGGGGAGAAUUCUCAAUGGAGUAAAUUUUGUGAGAGUAGCAAAUUUGAUCUAACCUACAAGGAUGAUUGUCAAAUUAAUAGAUACCAUGAAAUUACUGACGCAAACACUGACGGUUAUGUUGUUGGUAUUCCUGAUGAAGAGACUAUUUAUGUAAGAUCUGUUUCUUUGAGCAUAGCAUAUUGUCACUUUCUUGAUGCUUUGACGAGUUCUUAUUCAGUAGGAGAAUUUAACAAAUUACUUUAUGUUAAUAAGGUUGUUUCUGAUGAUGUUGGAAAAACAUUUGUUUUCUUUGACUCUGUAACAGUAAAGUUUUAUCGUGUUGAAAUAACAGGUGUUGGUUUUGGGAAAUUUUCUUGUUAUUGUAUUGAUCAACCAAGUCUACUUUUUUUGGAUGUAGAAAAUAAACCUGAUAUUUUAUGGAAACUCACUAAUACUUUUUCUUUACCUAAAUUUUAUUGUAAAGUAAAAUUGGGUAAUUUUAAAAAUCGAAGUUCUUUAAUGAGUAAAAAUGAAAUUUCCUUACGUAGAAUUUCUACUUUAAAAAAUUUAUUUAAAGAGAAUAAUCUUGUAACAGUCGAGCGUCGUACAGGUAGAAAAUUUCUUACUGUAAGACAUGAAGGAUUGGAUUUGGUUGAAAGAUACAAAGAUUUGAUGCUUAGCAAUUAUCACGAUAACAUGGAUGUAGUAACUAACACACUCGGUACAUUUAAAGAACCAUCAUUACGAAAGAAGGGCACUUUUGCUUCAUCUAUGAAUGCUUCAUUUAAAGGAAAGGGAAAUACUUUGGGACAGUCACUAAAAGCUCAGUGUUCAAUGAAAAUUUCUCCAAAUGUUCCAGAAAAAUUGGAAGAAAUGGAAGGUAAUAAACUUUUUGCAUUUGGCUCUUUUAAAAUUAAAAAAAGUGUUACUGAAGAUUCUACAGAUGAUUUAUUACCAGACUAUAUGAGUGAUGAACUUGUAAAUGAGUUAUGUGAACAGUUUGAUUGGGGUUUCGGCUAUGGAACUUCUCAAAAAUCCAGAGAAGAAAUUGAUUUACCUGUAACUGAAUUUCUUAAGUUGAAUAUCAAUUACGACGACAAAAUUCAAAAAGAAAAAGAAGAAUCCCCUGUAUUAUGUAAUGAAGAGUGGAGUCGAUCGAAUAGUAGUCUUUCUAAUUUAACAAAUACAAGCAGCAAAGAAAAUUCAAAGAAUUGUCGUGCUGUAAGGUUCAAAGGCAUUCCUUUUAAUGAUUCUCAAGAUGCUAAAAAUAAGGAAUCUAGUAAUGAAAGUAUUGAGAAAAAAACGUCGGAUAUGAGUGAUUGUGAUAGUGGAGUUUCUAAUAGUGGCACAUCUUCAAUUGAAAACAUUAGCCGACUUGAAAGGAAUGCUUCAAAUAAUUAUCUAAAAAGGAAACUAAAAUCUACAAAGCCUUAUGCUGUAGUCGAUAUUUACAGUGCCGAUGAAAUUCGUAUUUUUAAUGACGUAUCAUUAAAUAUGUAUCGAAAGAUUCGUGAUGCUUUGAUGAAACUUGAUGAUAAUCAAUUAGAAAAAGUGGAACUUGAUAAACUAAUGCCUGACACUAUGUAUAUACUAAAAUAUAAGAAUGAACGAUAUAGAGUAUAUGUAAAGGAUAAUUACAUGAAUGAAGGUGAUGAUUCAGACUCUGAUCAAUCUUAUACUUCUUCCAAUAAUCAUGAAUAUACUAAAAAUGCAGAUAUUAUUUUUGUGGAUCAGGAUACAAAACGGAAGUUUACUUUUAAAAGUAAUGAUGAUGUUGAAAUAUACAAAAGUCCAAAUGAAAUUAAAAAAUUCCCACUUGUUCCAUCGGAAGUAGUUUGUUUAGCAGGUGAACAUAGAAAUGAUUUAAAACUUCGUGACUAUAUUUGUACUCCACAAGCAACUGAAUAUUUAAGACAAUUGUUACCUCCAUUUGAACUUAAAGCAAAUGCUAAUAUUAAGUUUAGUUCAACUGACAUUGCUGGAAAAAAAACUAUAAGUAUAAGAAAUCUACAAGGGAAAAGUUUAUCUCCAUUAUUUUCAGCAUUUUGCCAAAAAUUAGCUGCAAAUAAAAAAUAA